CAGAGUUGAUCAUGUGAUCACACUUUACUGGGAGCAGAUUUUUGCUAGUCCUCCUACUCUCAGCCCUUUGAUUGAAGGUGAAGUUUGUCCUGUCGCCGGUGUCUGCAACAAUGAGGCUGCUGAGAGAGACUCUGGGUGUCCUCUUACUGUGGGCCUGUCUGGACUCCGCCGCCUCCAGGAGGUGCUCGUCGUUUUUCUGCCAGAAAUCUCAGCGCGUCAGCGGCCUGAAUGGAGUCGAUCCCGGCUCCCCUCUUUUUCUCACUCCUUAUCUAGAGAGGGGCGCCAUAGAUGAAGCUAGGAAGCUGAGUCUGGUAGGAGAUCUGCCAGGAGGCGAUAAGUCAGUCAAGAGUUAUGCUGGAUAUCUCACAGUCAACAAAAAAUACAACAGCAACCUCUUCUUUUGGUUCUUCCCCGCACACAUGGCAAGCCAGGAGAAAGCGCCAGUCCUGCUUUGGCUGCAAGGUGGGCCAGGUGGCACAUCCAUGUUCGGUCUCUUUGUGGAACAUGGACCGUAUGUGGUGUACAAGAACUUGACAGUUGGUCUGAGGGAUUAUGCCUGGACAGCCAGAUACUCAGUUUUGUACAUUGAUAAUCCAGUUGGAACAGGUUUCAGCUUCACAGAAGAUGACAGUGGAUUUGCUCAGAACCAGGAUGAUGUUGGCAGAGAUCUGUACAGUGCUUUGACACAGUUCUUCCAGAUCUUUCCCGAAUAUCAGUCCAAUGAGUUCUAUGCAACCGGAGAGUCAUAUGCAGGAAAGUAUGUUCCGGCCAUUUCUUACUACAUUCAUAAAAACAACCCUACUGCCAAGGUGAAAAUCAACUUCAUGGGGAUGGCUAUUGGUGAUGGACUCUGUGAUCCAGAACUGAUGCUGGGUGGUUAUGGUGAGUUCCUGUAUCAAACGGGAAUGAUAGAUGAACUCCAAAAACAGUACGUCGACCAGCAGACAGACCUCGGAGUUCAGUUCAUUCAGCAGCAGAAGUGGGUGGAGGCUUUUCGGGUUUUUGAUCAUUUGCUGAAUGGCGACUUGGAUCCGUAUCCCUCCUUCUUCCAAAAUGCAACAGGCUGCACCAACUACUUCAAUUACCUGACAUGUCAGGAGCCUGAGGACCAGGAGUACUUCUCCCAGUUUGUGACCCUGCCAGAGGUGCGGCGUGCUAUCCACGUGGGCAACCUGACGUUCCACGACGGCUCCGAAGUGGAGAAGCACCUCCUGCAGGAUGUCAUGAAGAGCAUCAAACCAUGGCUGGGAGUGCUGAUGGACAACUACAGGGUCUUAAUGUACAGCGGUCAGCUGGAUGUGAUUGUGGCUGCUCCACUGACCGAGAGGUUCCUGCCUACUGUGAACUGGACCGGGGCUGCCGAGUACAAAAAAGCCCCUCGCUUCCACUGGAAGGUUCAACCCAGUGACACAGAGGUGGCAGGUUAUGUUCGACAAGUUGGGGAGUUUUACCAGGUCAUCAUACGAGGAGGGGGACACAUUCUGCCUUACGACCAACCAGAGAGAUCUUUCGAUAUGAUUGACAGAUUCUUGUCAACUCAGGGCUGGAAAUGAAGAGUACUGGUGGAGAACUGCAACUGAUCAAAGCACCUUCACUUUAGAGAAUCCACUGAGCACUGACUGUGAUUUUUAAAGACUGAUUGUCACAACUGGUGUAAAUCAGCUUGUUGUUUUGGACAUUUUUGCAGCUUUUUUUUUUUUUUUUUUUAAAGCAGUAAAUGCAUUUCUGCUGAUGCGCUCUCCUAGCUUGGAUACAUUAUCUGAAUUGCUGCAAACAGAAAUAAUAAAAAUGAGUCAAUUGAGUCUGAUAAAUCGGGUUGAAGUCCUAAAGUUUUGGGGUACAUGUUUGUUUUUCUCGGGAUCGGUGUGAGGUAAUAUAUGUUGUGUGAAAUCAGUACAAGCUUUGAAGACAGUGCAGAAAUGCAGUGCAGUGAAAAAGCAUUUAACUCCCUCCUGAUUUUUUUUUUUUUUUAAAUUAUUGUGCACAUUUCACACUGUGAACUGUUGAAUCUUUGAUAAAGGCAACCUGAGAAAACACUUCAUACAAGUUUUAAAUGAUAAUUUCAUGUGUUGAAGUAAUGGGUUCUUCUCUUUUUUUUUUUUUUUUUUCUUGCAAAGUGAUUGAACAGGGCUGGAGGUGCUCAGGAUGAGGUGUUUCUAUGAAUAAUACACUCCACAAACUUUUUCUUUAAUAUAUCCAAUUCCUUUAAAGUUUGUAUUUUGUGAGGUUGCCCUUGUUUUGAGUCAGAUUGUGUUUGAAUGUCUGUCAGAAGGGGAUCAGUAACUUUUUCACAGUGCUGUAAAGCCUUAAAAGUGGAGAAAUAACUUGAAAUAAAGAUGCUUUCUUUUAACAUCA